GAAGAAGACGACGAAAAAGGAAGAAAUAAAAAAAAAGAAGAGCAAUUUCUUUUCUUUUUUGGUGCAAGUUAUAAUUUUUUUUUUGUGAUUUUGGUUAUUUUUUUUUUAUUUUGGAUUUUUGUCGUUUUAACGGAAAUGGCCUCCUCCACGAGAGGAAUUCAAAUUGGCUCCGCCUGGUUUCAGAAGAGAAUCAGUUUAAGACCACAACAUCGAGGUAUUCACCUUGUUACUGAGGAAAUACUCAAGGAAAUACCGGAAAUUUGUCAAUUUUCUGUUGGUCUUUGUCAUAUACAGAUUCUUCACACAUCGGCGAGUUUAGCACUAAAUGAAAGUUGGGAUCCGGAUGUAAGGGACGAUAUGGAAAUGAUGCUUAAUAAAAUAGUACCCGAGGGUUUAGACUACAGACACAGCUGUGAAGGUCCCGACGAUAUGCCGGCGCACGUGAAGGCGUGCUUCCUUGGAUCGUCGUUGAGCAUUCCAAUCACAGGUGGAAAAUUGGCACUUGGCACAUGGCAGGGUGUUUGGCUGUGCGAGCAUCGCGAUCAAGCGGGCAGUCGUAAAUUAUUAUUGACAUUGACAGGCUGCUUGAGGGAUUCGGCACGCAGUCCCUUAAGUCCCGUGAGUCCGAUUGCAUCGACAAGCAGCUAGGACCAAUCUCAUCCCAAAAGGCGUGGCCGUCGUCAGCUACGCAUAUCCACUUCUAGCGAAUUGAGCUAGCAGCUGCCUACUUUAGCCAAAAUACUAAGACAAAAACAUUAAUAAAAAAAAGAAAAAAUCACUUUUUGAAAAAAAAGAAAAAAGAAAUGAAAAACCGAAAGAGCGAAAGAGCGAAACGAAACAAGGAAUUUUAGUCGAGAGAAUAUUAUCAGAAGCAGAAAGAAAUGAAAAACUAAAGGCAGAAUGAAAGUGAAUAGUGAAGACAAGAAUGAAAGAGAGGAAACUAAAGACAGAAUGCAAAAAAAAGAAGAGGAAAAAUAAUAAUGAAAGGAAAAAAUAAAUUCAAAAU